CAUUCCGUUUUGGAGGACGGAAACACAACUAAAAAGCAAAAACUAGCGGAAACAAAUCCCUUUCAUCUCAUUCUCUCUACUCAAUACACAAGGAAGGAAGGAAAGAAACAAGGAGGGGAACGUCGAAAAAAUGGGAGUACCUCAAACCAUGGUGGCGCUCCGAGAGAGAGCGGCAUUCAUGAAGGAGUCGCUUCAAAAAAGCCAGACCAUCACCGAUAGCAUGGUCGCUAUUCUCGGUUCCUUCGACCACCGUCUCUCCGCCCUUGAAACCGCCAUGCGCCCCACUCAGAUAAGAACGCAUUCGAUUAGAAGAGCUCAUGAGAACAUCGACAAGUCAUUGAAGGCGGCAGAGGUUAUUUUGACUCAAUUCGACCUCACGCGAAAGGCAGAGGCUAAAAUUCUGAGAGGGCCACAUGAAGACUUAGAGAGCUACUUAGAAGCAAUUGAUCAGCUGAGAAGCAAUGUUAAUUUUUUCAGCAGCAAUAAAAGUUUUAAGAGUAGUGAUGGGGUGCUUAACCAUGCCAAUCAAUUACUUGCAAAGGCUAUCUCAAAGCUUGAAGAUGAAUUUAGACAGCUGCUAACAAACUACAGCAAGCCUGUGGAACCUGAUCGUCUCUUUGAAUGCCUUCCCAACUCUCUACGACCAUCAUCAGGAUCACCUAGGCACCAAGGUGAUGCUAGUGGGAAGAGUUCUUCUGAGCACCAAAACAAGAGCUUGGAAGCUGCCAUUUACACAGUUCCAACUCUUAUUCCCCCAAGGGUUCUACCACUACUACAUGAUUUAUCACAACAGAUGGUUAAAGCUGGCCAUCAACAACAGCUAUUUAGAAUCUACAGGGAUAUCCGUGCUUCAGUUCUGGAAGAAAGCCUCAGGAAAUUAGGUGUUGAAAGACUCAGCAAAGAUGAUGUCCAGAAAAUGCAGUGGGAAGUUCUGGAGGCCAAGAUUGGAAAUUGGAUACAUUACAUGCGGAUUGCCGUCAAAUUGCUUUUUGCUGGGGAAAAGAAAAUUUGUGAUCAAAUUCUCGAUGGUGUUGACUCUCUUAGGGAUCAAUGUUUUGCUGAAGUCACAGUAAACAGUGUAGCUGUGCUUCUUAGUUUUGGAGAGGCUAUAGCCAAAAGCAAGAGAUCACCUGAGAAAUUAUUCGUUCUGUUAGACAUGUAUGAGAUAAUGAGGGAACUUCACUCUGAGAUUGAAUUACUAUUUGGCAGUAAAGCUUGCACUGAAAUGAGGGAAGCUGCAAUGAAUUUGACAAAGCGGCUUGCUCAGACAGCACAAGAGACAUUUGGUGAUUUUGAAGAAGCGGUUGAAAAAGAUGCUACGAAAACUGCUGUUCUUGAUGGAACUGUUCAUCCUUUGACUAGCUAUGUGAUAAAUUAUGUGAAGUUCCUGUUCGAUUACCAAUCAACAUUGAAGCAACUUUUUCAAGAGUUUGAUGCAAGUGAUCCAGAAGCUCAGUUAGCAUCUGUAACUACAAGGAUUAUGCAUGCUCUUCAGAAUAACUUAGAUGGGAAAUCCAAGCAGUAUAAAGAUUCUGCACUGACUCAGUUAUUUCUUAUGAACAACAUUCACUAUAUAGUGAGAUCUGUGCGGAGGUCAGAAGCAAAGGACUUGUUGGGAGAUGACUGGGUGCAGAUCCACCGAAGGAUUGUACAGCAGCAUGCUAACCAGUAUAAGAGGGUUUCUUGGGCAAAGAUUCUGCAGUGCCUCACUGUUCAGAGUGGUCCUGGAGGUGAUGGUGGUUCCAGUGGACUUUCAAGAGCAAUGGUUAAAGAUAGGUUCAAGACCUUCAAUGUGCAAUUUGAGGAGCUUCAUCAGAGGCAGUCUCAGUGGACUGUUCCUGACAGUGAAUUGCGCGAGUCUUUGAGGCUUGCUGUUGCUGAAGUCCUCUUGCCUGCUUACAGAUCUUUCUUGAAACGCUUUGGGCCUAUGAUUGAGAAUGGGAAAAACCCUCUUAAGUACAUCAGAUACUCUCCUGAGGAUCUCGAUCGUAUGCUGAAUGAAUUUUUUGAGGGUAAGACAUGGAAUGAACAAAAACGUUAAACAUUUGCAAGAGUCUGUAAUUUUUGUGAUCUGAAAACUUAGGCAUUGACUAACAGUUGAAUUUUUGUACAAUUUCUUUUUGAAAGUGAAUUUUUGUACAAUUAAGUGGUAAAUAAUAGGUGGCUUGACAUAUUCAUCCA